AUAAGUAACACCUAGUCAAUCACGUGGCGUCUAUACAGCUAGCUUCCCUGCAGCCAGUCAGACCAGACAGGCAGAGACUCCCCCGCGCUCUACGAGUACUCACAGAGUCAGAGUACCGGUAAGAAGGACAGGAGCGGGGAGGAGAGGAGAGGAGAUCGAUGGCGAGCAGCGUGGGGGGAGAUGCUGGGGAAGGGGAGUGGCUCAAGGUCGCCGAGCUGAGGGCCAUGGCGGAAGCCCAGGACCCGCAUGUCCAGGAGGUGGACAACCUGACGCUCCGGCGGUUCCUGCGGGCGCGUGGCCAUGCCGUCGGCAAGGCCUCGGCGAUGCUCCUCAAGUUCGUGGCGUGGAGGCGGGAGGCCGUGCCCGGUGGCGUCGUGCCGGCGGAGCUGGUGCGGACGGAGCUGUCGCACGAGAUGGCCUACAUGGGCGGAGCCGACCGCGCCGGCCGCCCCGUCAUGCUCGCCUUCCCCGCCAAGCACUUCUCUGCCACCCGCGACAUGGCCGGCUUCAAGCGCUAUAUUGUCUACUUGUUCGACGCCAUGUGUGCCAGGAUCCCUCGAGGGCAGGAGAAGUUUCUGUGCGUCGUGGAUCUAAAGGGGUGGGGGUACGCCAACUGCGACGUGCGCGCCUACAUCGCGGCCAUAGAGAUCCUGCAAAACUACUACCCGGAGAGGCUGGGCAAGGCGCUCAUGAUCCAUGUGCCCUACCUGUUCAUGAAGGCGUGGAAGCUGGUCCAGCCCUUCAUCGACGCCAACACCAGGGACAAGUUCGUGUUCGUGGACGACAAGAGCUUGGAGGAGACGCUGCGGCGGGAGAUGGAGGACGGCCAGCUCCCGGAGAUGUACGGCGGGAAGAUGCCCAUUGUUCCCCUCGAGUAGAGUGAGGAGGUGCACGGAAGAGGAAUCGAUGUACCCAAAACAAAUUAGCUAUGAAAGGUGAAUGAGACCAAAUUAUAUAUCAUCUAGAUGAGUUCUAGUAAAACUGAACAAAAUUAACCACGUGCGAUGUGGAUGUAACCAAGGGAGUGAGACGAGCGCAGCUUGCUCUCACACUCUUGCAGCGUUGUGACUGCUUCGUACGUGUGGCCAGCCCAGCCGGUGCUAACGUCGACGGAUCAAUAAUACGGAAGAACUCUAUGGUACUUAGUGGUAGGUAUAUCGGAGUAUGUCUGAUCACGUGAAGAUACCACCUUUUGUUGUAUCACAUAUCUGU